UAUAGCAACUUCCGAAAGGCAGCGUUAAGCUGACGCCGAACGCCAUUAGGGUUAGCUAUAAAUGGGAUUCAAUCACUCACUCGUCUCACGUCUCUCGUCAAUUUCCCACUAGAACCAGCUCCAAGUAACACUGAGAAGAAGCACAGAACCCCAAAACCUCGCUAAAACCUUUGCCUGAUCUCUCCUGCAACAAUGCCUCCCAAGGCUGCUAAGUCCAAGGAUGCCCCAGCUGAACGACCGAUCCUGGGCCGGUUCUCUUCUCACCUGAAGAUUGGAAUUGUUGGAUUGCCAAAUGUGGGCAAAUCGACUCUUUUUAACACACUUACGAAGUUGUCAAUACCUGCGGAAAACUUCCCCUUUUGUACCAUAGAGCCCAAUGAAGCCCGAAUUAAUGUCCCUGACGUGCGCUUUGAAUGGCUAUGUCAACUGUACAAGCCAAAAAGCGAGGUGUCAGCUUUCUUGGAAAUCCAUGAUAUAGCCGGUCUUGUUCGAGGUGCUCAUCAAGGACAAGGGUUGGGGAACAGUUUCUUAUCUCACAUUCGUGCAGUUGAUGGAAUCUUUCAUGUUCUAAGAGCAUUCGAAGAUCCCGAUAUUAUUCAUGUUGAUGAUUCUGUUGAUCCUGUAAGAGAUUUGGAGGUUAUAAGUGAAGAAUUGCGGCUGAAGGAUAUCGAAUUUAUGGAGAGGAAGAUAGAAGAUCUUGAGAAAAGCAUGAAAAGGAGCAAUGACAAACAGUUGAAGAUAGAACAUGAGUGCUGCCAGAGGGUUAAAGCAUGGCUUGAGGAAGGAAAGGAUAUCCGUCUAGGGGACUGGAAAGCUGCAGAUAUUGAGAUAAUGAAUACUCUUCAGUUGCUUACAGCAAAGCCUGUUGUGUAUUUGGUUAAUAUGAAUGAGAAGGAUUACCAAAGAAAGAAGAAUAAGUUUCUGCCAAAGAUCCAUGCAUGGGUGCAAGAGCAUGGGGGUGAGACAAUUAUCCCUUUCAGUGCUGUUUUAGAGAAGAAUCUUACAGAUAUGCCAGAGGAUGAAGCUGCAAAGUAUUGUGCAGAGAACAAAGUCCAGAGUGCCCUUCCAAAAAUCAUAAAGAUAGGAUUCUCAGCUAUUAAUCUCAUCUACUUUUUUACAGCCGGACCUGAUGAGGUGAAGUGUUGGCAAAUCAGACGCCAAACAAAGGCUCCUCAAGCUGCUGGUGUUAUCCAUACUGAUUUUGAGAGAGGAUUCAUUUGUGCAGAGGUGAUGAAAUUUGAGGAUCUGAAGGAGUUGGGCAGUGAAUCAGCUGUUAAGGCUGCAGGCAAAUACAGACAAGAGGGGAAGACGUAUGUGGUCCAGGAUGGAGACAUCAUCUUCUUCAAGUUCAAUGUCUCUGGUGGUGGGAAGAAGUGAACCUUUUCCCCAUUGAUGUAAAAGGCGUAUCUGCUGAACCAGAGCUUAUUCUUUUGCCUUUUAUCAUUAAGUUUAUAUGUGAUAGCCAAGAUUUUGAWAMUGUUGUAGUUUGUAGACUUCGUUGUUUCUUUUGCAUAUACACCUUACAAGCCGGUACUGUAAGGAAGUCUUCUCCACAUUAUUAUUGGUUGGUAUAAAAUGAAAAAUCUAUAGAUAGCAGGAGCUCAGUGCGAGUCACUUUGCAUAAAUGCUUUCACCCAUUGUAAAUGUUUUCCCAUAUAGCUUGGGGAGUUCAUAUUAGCUCCUUCACUUGUGUUGCCUUGAUACCCUGAGUCGAAGAUUCUAUUUGGUGGAGCUUUUGCCCCUCUUAUUUCCAA